UAUAUAAUUGAUUUUCGUGGAUUCGUAGGCACAAAUGAGGAUUAAUUAUUGGAUCUUUCCUUUUAUAAAAUGUUACUUCAGGUCUCUUAAAAGUUAUUUAUUUACUACACAACCCUUAUGAUAAACUUCAGAAUAGAGGAUCAGAUUUUAAGCAUUUCUAAUUCGAUUUUGUAAUGCAUUACUAUGUAAUACAAUGUUAUUUUAUAAUAUUAUAAAAUUGAGCAAGUCUUAGAGAUUUCGAGGUUAUGAG